ACUGACGAAGAGCAAAGACAGACAACGAAAUUUGUAAACCAUGAAUUUAUAUUAAACAUCUUUAGUAAACGAAAUGUCUCAAAAACGCUUUACCGGCGCUCGAAUUGUGUUACUAGGGGCCAGUGGUGUCGGAAAAACAGCUUUUGCAGUCCGAUACAUUACUAAGAGGUUAAUUGGAGACUAUGACGGGGAUAAAGAGAUGGGGUACACACGUCAUCUUCCUACGCCAAGAGAUGAAAUUUCCCUGGAUAUCCUUGACACCGGAGUACGGCUUUCCUCGGAAACAAUCGAAAAGCACACCAAAUGGGGUGACGGCUAUAUUCUCUUCUACUCCCUCACAGAUCGUGAAAGUUUGACAUACUUAUCAGAGGUCAAGGACAUCAUUACAAAAGACAAAUGUCGCGACUGUCCUUUGACUUUGGUGGGAAACAAAAGUGACCUAAUUUAUGCACGUGAAGUAAAUGAUGAGGAAUCAUGUGAUUUUGGGCAGAAAUUUGAUUGCCCUAAAUUUGAAAUAUCCACUGCAGAGACCAGUCAAGGGGUGCUGGAAGUUAUGGAUGAAAACAUGUGUCAAAUCAAGCGUGACUUCGUGAAAAAUAUGAAUACUUCUAAUCAACUGGCAAUAGCUGAUAAUAAGCCCCGCUCACAACUUAACAGUAUGAAGAAAGCAUUUAAAAAAAGAAUAAAUCGUAGCCAUAACGAUACAUUUUAGUGAAGACAUACACACACCAUUUAAUGCCAAACACUUGAAUAACGGUUUGAUGUCAUACGUGUUUAUAACUUAUUGUAUCUGCAUAAUUAUGUAUAAUAUACGCUCGUUCAUCUGUUUAUAAGUGCAACCACUGCUUCGAUUUCAAAAACAAUCAACACAUUUAAACUGUGUUUGAUAUAUAACCAUUCGUUUUUAUGCAAA